AUGAAGAUGAGGAUGAAGACGGGGGUUCAGUCUGUCCUCUGACCGCCUGUAUAUGGAGGAUGUGGUUCUUCAUUAUCAGUCUGGAUCAGUGGAGGAGCUCAGCUCUCUGUUCCAGAGGACAGAGAAGCUCCUGGAUUCUUUCCCCUGUCGUCCUCCUCCGCUCUUCACGCCCUGGUUCCCCUCAGACCACCGCCCCCCCAUCAGACCGGCCAAACCAGCUCCUGUCAUCACCUGCGCAGGUGAUUCACUGGCGUCUGACAGCAGGCCGCACACAACAGGAAAACUACCACAAAAGACUCAAAGACGCCACAAUCAUCCACCUUCAGAGACGACAGGAAGUCCACCUGAAAAAACAAAAAGAGGAGACGGUGUCUUCUGCAUUUCAGAAACUCCGAAUCACCUCCUCCCGUCAUCACUCUGUCCCAAACCAGAGAGAGGAGUCACGGGACUGUCACCGCAAAAACUGCCACAGGAAGACAAACAUGGCGUCACUGUCACAGACGCCAUGGUCAAGCGCUCCUGGAGCGUGUUUACGAGGCGAGGCGUCUUUCCACAGAGCUGCCAGUCGCUGUCCAAACAGUUUGACCACAUGGUGUCUGUCCACAGGCUCCACCUCCGUCAGAGAGCCAAGUGGGUGAUCAGAGGGAGCAACUGUGGGUCGGCCCGGGACAUCGAACAGGUAUGGCAGACUCUGAGCCGGUGCGUCUGGAGCGGCGAGCUGCCAACGUGCAACGCCAACAUCCAGAGGGACCUGACGGAGAUCUGGGUGUUCUGCGACGUGCUCUGCUCCGAGCAGGUGGGACGUUUCCUGAAGGAUGAGCUGCAGCUGUCAGGAAGGAUCGCUCUGUCGGUUCACCAGCGAGGAAACGUCUUCAGUUUGUAGACGAACCAAAGUCGUUUUAUUAGACCGGAGACAACAGACUCAGGUUAUUACAUGUUUACAGGUUUUUAACAGUGAAAACACUUUAAUAUAACACGAUCUAUAAAAGUCACGAUGUUAACAUGGAGCUUGAGGUUCUUCUCCACGUUGGCAUGAUGAUUAUUGAUCAAUCAGAAACCUGCAUCAGGUGUUUACACACUCUCCUGGUUGCUACAGGAACGAACUCAACUACAAUAUCCACUAUUUAUAACUCUCCAGAAGAGCUCGUCAGAUAAAAUCCUCACUACGCUUUACUUUUCAAACUGUAACUAUGGUUACGCCUGGCGUCCACCUCUCAGGAGUUUCCCUUCAUCUCUGACGAAGACGUAGAGUCGAUUAGUGUAUGAACUCUUCAUGUGUUUUAUCUUCUGCUUUGAGACGUCUCGAUGAAAGACUGACCCUCUGAAUUCUCAAAAAUAACUUUUAGAAUUUACUUGAUGAAUGAACUGAACUUGAGUUAAAAAUCACAAACAGCUGAUUGUGUAUUUAAAUUCACCUGAGAACCUGUUUUG